UUGUUAAUUGAAGCUUAGUUAAAACAUUGUUGAUUAGUGAAAGUGGCAUCUUUGGUUUUUGCUCCCACGAUUUAUCCUGCAGAUUAUUGUCCUGUGAAAUAUCUCUCUCUGAAAUUAAAAUCACCCUUUUGAAUUUCAAGAAACCAAUUAAGAUUAUUGAAGCUACCUGAAAUGGGAGAAUCCAAGUUUGUCUCCUUGGCCUUUCUACUGGUUUGUACCAUGCUCCAAAGGGUGUGGUCACAUGGAGAUCAGCCUCUUUCAAAAGUAGCUGUUCAUAAGGCAACAGUGUCACUUCUUGACCUUGCUUACAUCAAAGCAUCUCCAGCUAUUCUUGGACAAGAAGGGCAAACUGCUGAGUGGAUAACCCUAGAGUACAGUUCUCCAAUUCCAUCCAUUGAUGAUUGGAUUGGAGUAUUCUCUCCUGCAAACUUUAGUGCUUCCACAUGUCCAAAAGAAAACCGUAGAGUCUAUCCACCACUAUUGUGUUCUGCGCCCAUUAAGUAUCAAUAUGCAAAUUACUCAAGCCCCCUAUACAAAGUACAUGGAAAAGGGUUUCUGAAGCUUCGGUUGAUCAAUCAGAGAUCAGAUUUCUCAUUUGCACUAUUUUCUGGUGGCUUGUCAAAUCCAAAGCUUGUGGCAGUGUCAAAUAAAAUAGCUUUUGCUAAUCCAAAUGCUCCAGUUUACCCCCGCCUGGCACUAGGAAAGUCAUGGAACGAGAUGAGUGUAACAUGGACAAGUGGAUACGGGAUCAGUGAUGCUGAACCUUUUGUUCAAUGGGGUCUAAAAGGAGGGGAUCAUAUGCAUUCACCUGCUGAGACACUGACUUUCACUAGCGAUAGCAUGUGUGGUGCACCAGCAAGAACAGUGGGAUGGCGUGACCCUGGAUAUAUACACACAAGUCAUCUAAAAGAGCUGUGGCCCAAUAGAAUAUAUGAGUACACGAUAGGACACAAAUUAAACAAUGGUACAUUUAUCUGGAGCGGAAACUAUCAGUUUAGAGCACCUCCUUUUCCUGGACAGAAGUCCUUACAACGUGUUGUCAUAUUUGGAGAUAUGGGAAAGGAGGAAGUUGAUGGUUCCAACGAAUACAACAAUUUUCAGCAUGGCUCAAUAAACACUACUCUGCAGCUUAUCCAGGACUUGGAAAACAUUGACCUUGUUUUCCAUAUUGGAGAUAUAUGUUAUGCAAAUGGUUACCUUUCUCAAUGGGAUCAAUUUACAGCACAGGUGGAGCCAAUUGCAUCAGCUGUGCCUUACAUGACUGCAAGUGGGAACCAUGAACGAGACUGGCCUGGAACAGGAUCCUUUUACGAGAACAUGGAUUCUGGAGGAGAAUGUGGUGUGUUGGCACAGACUAUGUUCUACAACCCUGCUUCAAACAGGGCUAAGGUUUGGUAUUCAAUUGACUAUGGCAUGUUCCGCUUCUGUAUUGCUGACACUGAACAUGAUUGGAGAGAAGGAACAGAACAAUACAAGUUCAUUGAGCAUUGUUUCGCUUCAGUUGACAGACAAAAACAGCCGUGGCUAAUUUUCCUUGCACAUAGGGUACUUGGAUACUCCUCUUGUAUCUGUUAUGCAGAAGAGGGAUCAUUUGCUGAACCAAUGGGGAGAGAGAGCCUUCAAAAGCUAUGGCAGAAGUACAAGGUGGACAUUGCCAUAUAUGGCCAUGUGCACAAUUAUGAGAGGACAUGCCCCAUAUACCAGAAUAUCUGCACUAAUGAAGAGAAACACCACUAUAAGGGAACCUUAAAGGGGACAAUACAUAUUGUUGCUGGUGGUGGUGGAGCUAGCCUUUCAACAUUUACUUCCAUCAAAACCAAAUGGAGCAUUUUUAAAGACUAUGACUAUGGAUUUGUAAAACUAACUGCUUUUGAUCACUCAAAUUUGUUGUUUGAGUACAAGAAGAGCCGAGAUGGGAAAGUUUAUGACUCUUUCAAUAUAUCACGCGAUUAUAGAGACAUAUUGGCCUGCACCAUGGAUAGUUGCCCAAGUAUAACAAUGGCAUCUUGAUUGAUGAAAUGGUGAAAAAUUCAGUUUAUCCAUCAAUGUUGAAGCAGUGAAUUAUGAAAAAAUUAUCUUCCACAAGCAGAUAGAUGUUAUAUUCGGGUGCAAGCUGUCAUCUUGACCAAUGCGAACGCACACUCAAUUUAUUGGUAUUGAAGUUUAAGUUGCAAGCACUUUCUUGUACCUAAAAUAAGAUAGGAGAG